GCCCCAGCUCGAGAGAACUUCUGGGGUCACAGGAGUUAAUGAAGCCCCUGCAUCAUGUUCAGUGUUGAGGAUCUCCUGAUUUCUCAUGGAUACAAAUUGUCUAAAACUCCUGCCAGUUUGUAUGAGAACAGAUGCGAUGGAUAUCAACAUGAAGUUGCAGAGAGGAGGUCAGCUCAUGGAACACUGAAUGGAUUUGCAGCCAACCCUGGAUCCUAUGUUUGUGCAGAAAAACCAGCCACAAAAAGCUACCAGAAUGACAAUGAAAGUAGUUAUAUUGGCCAAGGGCAGAAACCUGGUCCCAGUUACCAGAAUGACUUCCGGAGGUUGGCCAAUACGUGUGCUUCAGAAGGGAGGUUUUAUGACCAACCUCAGCUAGCUUCUUCUUCGCACCCAAAGACAGAUAAAGAUCUUGCCUACUGGAGAAGAAGAGGCCAAGAUUUUAGUGCAUUGUUUGGCUAUACUGACAGAGGAGACUCUGAAAUGAAAGGGAUAGCUGCACCCCGUGCCUUAUAUGGGCAUGAUAAAGAUGGUCAAUGGGAAGUAGGAGGAGGGACAGAGAGAAUGAGGAGAGCUGGCUUGCAGGAGAACUGGAAACCACCUGGUGACUACAGGUGGCAUAGUUUGAGAACAGAAGGCUGGAACUUACCAACCAAGUUAGGGAGGCUCAUGUCUGAUGGUGACAGAGAGAGGUUGCUUCAAGAUCCAUACUCCAUCAGGCAUGGUGGAGAAACCCCUGUUGCUUCCCAUAAUAAAGGGAAAUCUCAAUCUUUGCCAAGAGUUCUUUCACCAGAGAGCCUGAGGUGUGUUGAAAUGCCCUCCUUGGUGAACAAUCACUCGUCAAGUGGGACUAAAACAAUAUUUUGUCCCCAAACUGGGUUGGCCCAGGAGACCUCCAAACACUCCGAGCCAACCGCUCCUUUCCUUCCUUUGCCCAAGCCCAAGUAUGGCCGACCUCUUAAACCUCCUUCAUAUGAGCUUCAUCGGCAAACCAGGGGGAUGCUGGAAACGAAUUUGCUUCAGGACGGCCCACAGAAAGAGGAAGCCGCCUCUUAUUUGACUAAGGGUAACGAGCCCAGUCAAGAUGGCUCCACUCAAGACUCCAGUCUGGAACCCCCUGGGUACAUCCCACCUCCGUGUUACAAAUCUCCAGCCCAGAAAAGUACAAAUCAACAUUUGUCCAUCGAAGUGCCUGAGUAUGAUGUGUGCUUUAAUAACGGUUUGCAGCAUCCAGUGGAAAGAGCCAUCCUUGGUUAUCAGCCCUCUGUUAGUAAUUUAGAGACUAGAGAGCAGCGCUGUAAAAACGAACAGAUUCCUCACGACAAGAAAAGGCAUCGUAAGCAUGCGGAGAGCUACCUGUCCUCUGUCCAGUACAUUCCAUUUGAUGACCCUCGAAUAAGGCAUAUUAAAAUAGCACACGCAGAUAGUCUCCAGGAGGGCAAAGUGACUGGAGAUGCCUACAGAAUAAGUCCCCGUGCCUUCCAAGAGAGUGCUCUGGAGCUUGAGUUCAACAGUGCCUUUUUGGAUACGUCAGAUUCACUUGAUAGUACUGCUAUGAAAUCCAGCCAGGUCUCUGGCGGCUCUGUAAACAGUAGCAGAUGGCUAGCAGAGUCGAAAGCAGAUCAAGACAAUUGUGCCUUACCCAUCCAAAGAGACUGUUGUGAUGCAGGUAAUGACACCAGUCCCAAAUAUUCCAAAAGUGGGCUGCUUGCACAAAGCCCCCGUACGGAACUGUCCUGUGAGACUGUUACUAAAGUAAAAACGUUUGAACCUGGAACAGAGGUCCAUAGCAAGAGGAGUUCAAAGAAAAAAAUGAAUGAGACUAUAUUUUGCUUGGUCUCCGUCCCAGUUAAAUCAGAACUCAACCUGCAAGAUACUGAUAGGAACAACAACUUAACACAGGGUGCUGUUGAGAAGAAUGGAUUUGAUAACAGCGGGGUCCUGCAGGAACAAAGCCUCCUAAGUACCUCCUCCACAGACUUGGAGCUCCAAGCCCUGACAGGAAACAUGACCAAUAAGAACGAGGUACAAAAACAAGAGUCGUGGAGACCCGAGUUCAAACAAACAAAUGACCUCAGACUCUUGCAGUCUGCAAAGCACAAAGAACUUCGCUACUCUGGCUCAUGGCCAGGUGACCAGUAUAAAGACCAACAAACACAGACCAGCUUCACAGAAGAACCAAAACACCUGCAGCUUUCCCAUGGCUUAGAACCUGCCAGACUCACUAAGGGGCCAGCUACCCAGUGGUUAAGAAAUGCAGUGUCCACCACGGAACCAGUAACGUUGACAGUGUUACCUGCUGAUGUCAGAAAAUGUUGGCAGGAUGCGUACAGGGUGAAAAGUGAAGGGUACCUUGACACCUCCAGUGGUAGGACAUGUUCUAGGACUGCAGCAGUUGCCCCAAAGGCAUGCCAGAAGAACGCACCUUGUGGAUCGUGCUCGAGCCUUCCUGGGCAGGAAAGAGAAACCAGUUCUGUUCUCAGGGAGGAAGCCAGCCCUGCCCGCAGCAGCAAGGAACUGUUUGGGCAGUUCCUUCUGAAGCCUGUUGGCCGACGCCCUUGGGAUGUGAUAAGUGAAUUAGAAAGUUUUAACAAGGAGCUUCAAGAGCAGGAAGAAAGUAGCGAAGAUGGUGUGGAAAAUGAGGAGAAGCGGAAGAGAGGCGAGGAGAAGGAAGGAAGUCAAGAGGGCGGGACCUGUAGAACAGAGGGAAUGAGCCAGGACUGCAGAUCCACUAGGCAGUCACAGACUGAUACGCUAGUUUCUCCUGUAUUUCAGCAGGUCAGCGAGAAAAGCAAAGCUGAACCUUUGAGUCAGUCUGAAAGGUCAAGCACCAGGGGCCUAGGCAGUGACUUUCAUAUUUGUGGUAGAUCACAAAGCUGUUUUCAGGCAAAAGAGGUUGGUGAAUCAGUUAGGCCAGGAGAUGGGUAUGUUAUUGCAGGACCACGAAAACAGGAAACUGGGGAAAGGAUAAUAAAACAGGUGAUUAGUCCCUGCCCAUUUAAAAAAAUUCUGUUGGAUAGCUACAGGGAUGAGAAUCAUGACAAUCCAUUCAAUGGGAUCAACCUCAGGGAAACUGCUCAAGUUAAAACCCACAGAAACGAUGUGGUUCACUUUGAUAGGAUUAAGAAUAAUACGGUGCCCUGGAAUAACCUAGCUUUAGAAAGAGGGUCUGGAGGACGCUUGUCCCUAACGAACAGGAAUCAUGGUCUGUCUGAGCCAGAUUUGAGAUCCGUAGGGCUAGAGAGUGGCCACACACCUGGCACUGUGGACCUUGAGGAUGGGAAGCCCGGAGUCACAGAGAUUCCCCCAAAUGAGUCACUUCAGGAAAGAGCUGCCAGGAUUUUGGGUAUAGAGGUGCCCGUGGAGUUGCUUGCGCUCAAUAGCAGUGCUCUUCAGAAUAAACAUCUGGACUCUGAUAACAUUCCUCAGAGCUUUGAAUUGUCAGCAGAGAAGGCAGAAGCCACUUCUUAUGAGGGAAGGAGGAAGUGUGGCUGGACAGAAAGCUCUCUUUUUGUUGGAGACAGAAAUGUCUUGUUGGGGUCUUUUGAAGACCAGAAAUCUGAUGAAGAAGCUGUGUUAGAUAAGCAUCAUUUUGAGCCUCACCAAGGUCUUGAUAGGCAAGGAGAAGACCAAACUCCCCUUCCCGAAUCAGUUGUCCUUCCAUUUUCCGAAAGAAAUUUAGUCCUGUCAGGAGUGGAAAAAAGAGCCAGAAGCACUUCAAAGGUGAUUGAGACUUUGCAAGGUAAACUUGCGUCUCCACCGAGCCGGGCCGCCAUGGAUCGCUUGGUGAGGAUGAAAGAAGUUGACUCCGUUUCUCGCAUGAGGCGUCUGAGCAUCAAAAAUGCUGAUUCUAUUGAAGAGGGAGAUGAAGAAAAACAGGCAAAGAGGGUGGAAGAAAGAGGAAGCAGCACCUCUUCUGGUAGUAACGAACUAGCCCGCAAGAUGUCGCAUGGAAGUUCUGUUUCCAAGCGCAUAAUCUCACUGGCUGAAAAUGGACUCUCGGACAACAUAAGUGACAGGAAAACGGGAAGAGAUUUAUUUUGUUUAGAUACAUAUGAUCCCACCCGAGUGGAAAGGGUGUGAUGUGAAAGAGUGGCGCAAGAGAUUUCCACCCUCCAUGGAGCCUUUGGCUGGUUUCCAUCAUAUGGGAAUUGCUUUCAGCUUGAAUGUUCUUGAGUGUACUGACAAAGCCUUUCUUCUGCCAGAGGAGAAAUGAAGUGCUUCUUAUUCCCACUGCUUUAUGGAGCUUUCAUAGAAGAGAAG